CUUACGUAUAGUUGGCUUACUUUUUCUGCAGUAACAGAUAUUGACUGUUCAAAAACAUUCCUCAUUAGCUGGCAUGGAGUCUUUUAGUCUUUAUUACGACCUUCAGAUGGAUUUUCUGUCGAUCCGACCAAUCCACGAGUGACUUGUAGCUGUUCAUCUAAGCAGAUAGCUAUUCUACAUUAUCCACAAAUCAUCUUCAUGAACUCAGAGUUUACCGACUGCAGCAUUAUGAAGAGCGUGUUAUAUUUCUGUGUAUUCCAUGUCGUCUUGGUCGGUGUGUUUGGCGAGUUUGUGUCUGUGAUGGAGGGAGAUACGGUCACUUUACACACUGGACUUUCUGAAAUACAGAAUGAUGUUGCGAUGGAUUGGAGGUAUGGGGUUGAAGGCAACCUCAUAGCGCAAAUCUCCUAUGGAGCCUUUAAGAAAUAUAUAUAUGAAUUUAUUUUUGAUGGAAGAUUCAGAAACGGACUGAAACUGGACAAUAAAACUGGAGAUCUAACUGUCCGAAACUUCAGACCGGAACUCUCUGGACUUUAUGAAGUAACCGGCAGUAAUAGACUGAGUAAGAUGUUCAAUGUUAGUGCUGUGUCUGUAGAUGAAGUCAAGUCAGUGCUGGUGAUGGUGGGAGAGUCCGUCACUCUACACACGUAUCUUACUGAUGUGCAGACAGUAAAUAUGAUACAGUGGAGGUUUCAACGUCAGAUCUCUUCUAUAGCUGAAGUCAAUAGAAAGGCUGGAAAAGUCUCAUAUGAUGAUGCUGAUGAGCGGUUCAGACACAGACUACAUCUGGACUAUCUUACUGGAGCUCUGACCAUCAGGAACAUCAGAAUCGGUCAUUCUGGAUUUUAUGAAGCAGACAUCAACAGCGCCACACACAACAUACAUAAGAUGUUCAACGUGAUCGUAAGCGGUGAAAAGAAACUAGUAUCAGUGAUGGAGGGACAGUCUGCCUUUCUACAGACCGGUCUCCCUGAAAUACUGCUCGAUGACUACAUGAUAUGGAUGUUUGCUGACAUGGUUAUAGCUGAAAUCCACAAAACUCUGCCUAAAUAUGCUGAUGACAGGUUUAGGGACCGAUUGCAGAUUAAUAAUCUGACUGGGUCUCUCACUAUAAAUGAAUGCAAAACCUCAGACUCUGGUCUCUAUGAGCUGAAGAUCAGCAGCAACCGACAUUCUGUGCAUCAGAGAUUCAUUGUCACCGUCGAUGUGGCAACUUCAGCAGAAACAACAGCAAUUGUUGUUUUUCUGCUGAUUUUUGUGAUUGGACUGGUUGUGCUUUCCUUUCUCAGGAGAAACUGUAAAGUGAAAGAUGCGGUGAAGUCACUCUGGUUGAUGGAAGAAGUUAGUAUCACUCUACAGGGAAAUGCUCAGUUACAGACAGGCGAUCAGAUACUGUGGACGUUUGGGGAUAAAAACACUCCCAUAGCCGAAAUCAAAGACACAGCAGAGAUCAUCUAUUAUCAUGGACCUGAUGGAAGAUUCAGAGACCGAUUAAUGCUGGAGACGACAGGAGAUCUCACCAUCACAAACACCAGAACAGUACACUCUGGAGAUUAUAAACUAAAGAUCAUGAGAAAUGCAAAAACCUCAUUCAAGAGAUUUCACCUUACGUUCUUUGAUAUCGCAACGUCAGUGUUGGUGAUGAAGGACGAUCUAAUCACCCUGAACACCGAUACUGAACUACAGCCAGAUGAUAAGGUACUGUGGAAGUUUAAAGAUGAAGCCACUGUUAUAGCUAAAACCAAAGGGGUGCCCAGAGAGUCCACUACGCUUCAUGGUCCAGGUGGGAGAUUCAGAAAUAGAAUGAAGCUGGACCAACAGACUAGAUCUCUGGCCAUCAAAGACUCCAGAACCGCAGACUCUGGACAAUAUAAACUAGAAAUCAUCAGAAGUGGAAAGACAUCAGUCAAAUUAUUCAUCGUUACCAUCUCUGAUCCUGCUGGAUUCGGAAAUUUGCCAGAGGAAGUAGCUUUGUUGGAGCAGGGACAUUUCAGUGACAGUAAUUAGUUCCAGUCACCACAGAUGGAAACCACAGAGGUUUUGUGGUUGGACAGGACCUUCUACAUUUCUGAGGGGUUCUAGAAGUGCCUUUCACCUCUCACCCCACCCCCCACUCCAAUUCGGCAUCCUGGUGUAAUGUACAAUUUUAAUGUAUAUCAUAGAUUUGUUUCUCUUGUGUAUGCAUGCACAAAAGGGAAAUAAUCAUGAGGAUAAAGUCAUAAAGUUUGCCUUAUUCAUGUUGCCAGAUCCUGAAAAGAGAAGAAAAUGAAAUAUUUUGAAAAUGAAUUAAGGUGACGCUAUGGGACAGUAGGUAGUGCUGUCACCUCACAGCAAGAAGAUCGCCUCGGCUGGGUCAGUUAGCAUUUCUGUGUGGAGUUUGAAUGUUCUCCCCACAUUCGUGUGGGUUUCUUCCGGGUGCUCCGGUUUCCCCCACAGUCCAAAGACAUGCAGUACAGGUGAAUUGGGUUGGCUAAAUUGUCCGUAGUGUUUGAGUGUGUAUGGAUGUUUCGCAGAGAUGGGUUGCAGCUGUAAGGGCAUCCGCUGCAUAAAAGAUAUGCUGGAUAAGUUGGCGGUUCAUUCCGCUGUAGCGACCCCAGAUUAAUAAAGGGACUAAGCCGAAAUGAAAAUGAAUUAAAAUGGUAAAAAAGCUUUUAUAAGAUUUACAACCAAAAUAACUACCCUGUGGUCACUUAAAAUAAGUGGACAUGGCAACACUGCCAUGGCUUAAACUAUUAAAACUCCCACUUAUAAUCAACAUUUGUUCUUCAGAACAUAUGAAGCAAUGAUAACUAUGCAAGCUUUGCUUUUCUAGCUUUUCUAACAUUCAUAUGCAAGCUUUGUUAUCCAGAGGUUUGUUCUUUGUACAUGGAUUACUCCAUUAGCUGGAUGUGGUUAUUGAUGAUUUGACACGAUCCAGGAUCGUUUAGUUCUUCAAAACUCAUCCGAGAGUUUUUGUCAAAGCAACAGUUCUGGUAGCUUAAACCUGCAAGGGAGCAGCAGCUUAUUUCAUAUAAACAGGAUUAGAUCAGGUCAGUUCAAGCAAAGGUAAUACUGAAAGUAUGUUCCGAAUGCUGAUAUUUUCUUACAGUAGUAGUUAUAUACACUUGUGUA